CAGAUCGCUCAGUACUGUCGAAUGCCUUGAAACGAACGCGAGAUUUCUACUUACUAUGAUUGAAGGAGCUUGAAUUCACUCUUUUGCAUUUACAAGGCGGCUCUUUGAAAUCGUUGAGAACAUUUUUGUCUGUGGUUUGUCGGUGAUAUCAAGGGAAAAAAUGCCUGGAGUCGUGAUGUGGCACUCGGUAUUGUUUUUCUUCGUCCUGCUUUAUUCGGCGCGAGGACAGGUCAGUUACUCCAUUCCAGAAGAAAUGGCUAAAGGCUCUACUGUGGGAAAUAUCGCGCAGGAUUUGGGUUUGGAUUUAAAAAGACUAAAGUCAGGAAAAGCGCGCAUAUAUACAGGCGACAGUACUGAAUAUAUCGGUCUCAAUAAAGACACUGGCUUGCUGCUCAUCAGAGAGAAAAUGGAUCGCGAGUCUCUUUGUGCAAAAACGACGCCGUGCGCUCUGCACCUUCAGAUGAUUUUGGACAACCCGAUGGAAUUAUAUACGAUUACGGUAGAAAUUACGGAUAUAAACGAUAAUCCACCCACUUUUCAGAAAAAGAGAAUUGAGUUUGAGAUCAGCGAAUCUGCUGUAACGGGCGCGAGAUUCUUGCUGGAGGGAGCUGUGGAUGCUGAUGUAGGAAUAAAUGAUCUUCAGAGCUAUUCUCUUAAACCUACUGAUAAUUUUAUCCUUGAACUGCACAGUCAGUCAGACGGUGACAAAAACGUCGAAAUGAUUUUGCAAAGACCGCUGGAUAGAGAAAAGAAAGGAGUGGUUACGUUAUUGCUAACCGCUUUUGACGGCGGUGAUCCGCAGUUAUCUGGAACUGUUCAAAUACAUGUGACUGUGUUAGAUGUUAAUGAUAAUGCUCCUGUGUUUACGCAGAAAGCAUAUAAAGCUAUUUUGACUGAAAAUGCCGCGAAGGGGUUUAAACUUACCACUGUAAGUGCCACUGAUGCGGACGAAGGACCGAAUGGUCUUGUGACAUACUACGUUGCAAGCAAAGAUGAUAUUGUGCGAAAUAUGUUUUUUGUUGAUCAGCAUAGCGGCGAGGUUACUUUAAAUGGCCUGGCUGACUUUGAAAAGGCAAGUCACUAUCAGAUUGACAUCCAGGCUAAAGAUCAAGGGGGGCUUUCUGAUUCGUGUAAGUUAAUUAUUGAUGUGCUAGACAUUAAUGAUAACAAGCCAGUGAUAAGUUUACUUUCUAUGUCAAACUCUGUGUCUGAAGACUCCACACCUGGCACAGUUGUUGCUAUGAUGAAAGUAGAUGAUGCAGACUCAGGUGUGAACGGACAGAUUCACUGCAUUAUAAAAGAAAAUAUUCCAUUUGCUCUUACAUCACCAUCCAGUAAUUUUAUCAGCCUGCGUAUAGAGCAGCAACUGGAUAGAGAAAGAGAAGCUGAAUAUAAUAUCAGUGUCACAUGCUCUGAUCAGGGGGUGCCUGCUCUCUCCAGCAGCGCUUUUCUGUCUUUACAAAUAUCAGAUGUGAAUGACAAUGCUCCUGUCUUUGAGAAGAGUCACUAUGAGGCGUCUGUGCUGGAGAAUAACACACCUGGUCUCUCUAUAUUUACAGUUAAAGCCAGUGACUCUGAUUGGAAUCAGAAUGCCCGUGUUUCUUAUAUUCUAGAAGACAGCUCUGUUAAUGGAGUCUCUGUCUCAUCAUAUGUGUCAGUUCAUCCUGACAGUGGACUGAUUACAGCUGUGCGCUCUUUUGACUAUGAACAGCUGAAGGAUUUCCACUUCCGGGUAAAAGCACAAGAUGGAGGCUCUCCUCCGCUCAGCAGUAACGUGACAGUGAAAAUAAUUAUUCAAGAUCAGAACGACAACGCUCCUCAGGUUCUGUAUCCAGUACAGACUGGUUCUUCUGUGGUGGCUGAGAUUGUGCCUCGUGCUGCAGAUGUUGGAUAUCUGGUCACUAAAGUGGUGGCUGUUGAUGUGGACUCUGGACAGAAUGCCUGGCUCUCCUAUAAACUACAGAAAGCUCCAGACAGAGCGCUGUUUGAAGUGGGUUUACAGAAUGGAGAAGUAAGAACUGUGCGACAAGUGACUGAUAAAGAUGCCGUCAAACAAAAACUGACUGUUGUUGUGGAGGAUAACGGACAGCCCUCUCGCUCAGCUGUGGUCUCCAUUAACGUGGCUGUAGCUGACAGCUUUCCUGAAGUGCUGUCAGAGUUCACAGACUUUACUCACGAAAAACAGUAUAACGACAAUUUGACGUUUUAUUUAAUCUUGGCUCUUGCAGUGGUCUCCCUGCUCUUCAUAGUAUCAAUAAUUUCCAUAAUUUCAGUCAAAAUCUACAGAUGGAGGCAGAAUAAGAUAUUUUAUAAAUCUGGUGCAAAUCUACCUGUAAUCCCGUAUUACCCUCCAGUCAUGAGCGGCACAUUACAGCACGUGUAUAAUUAUGAAAUGUGCGGGACUACUGAUUCAAGGAUGAGUGACAUGAAGUUUGUCAGGCCUUACAGUCAGAACACACUGGUGAGCCAGAGUCGCAUGGGAACAGUUCAGAGAGAAAAGAAGGAGCAGGAGGUCGAUGACCUGACUUUAGAGGUGAGACCGUGACUGUUUUUUCUAAUGGAUUCAAUAUAUUGGUGUACUUCUAUGAUAUGUGUGUCAGACCUUGAUACCAAGUCAUAAUUGUUGUCCUCUCUAGUUUAAAUGCAGUUUCUAUGUAUAGAUAGUCUAACAAUUGUAUACAAUUUUGACUCAUGGAUCCAAGUAUUUAGACAUUUGUCACAAUUAAAAAAUUAACUGUCUUAUAAGGCAAUAUAUCAAAACAACUUCACAAACACACCUCUCAAUCAAACAUUUAAAAUGUUGUUUUUUAGUUGUAAAUAAAUAACGAUCAGUCAUCUUAAAAUGAAAGACAAAAUGUAAUACAAUUGAUUCUGUGAAGUAUGCUAGCAUACGUUUGCUUGGUUUACUUCAUUGCUCAGACAAAUUUUAAAUUAAAAAGUAUAUUUUAUGUUGUAUAAAUAUUAAAUUGUGGUGUAUCAAGUUAUGCACAUUUUGUCAUGUAAUAUGCAUUUAUUUGCUAAAAAGGUGUUUUAUGCAUACUUUAUAUUUUUACACAUAGUCUUACAAGUUGUGUGCAUAUAGAACUGAUUACUGUUUAGGAUAUUUAAUUGUAAAAAGAAUAAAUGUGUAAAAUUGUA